UCUCUCUCUCUCUGUCUCCCACCAAUAUAUAAACCCACUUGAUCAACCCCACUUACAUUGAUUACAUCAUUAGGAACAUUCCUAUAGAUCAACCACGACAUUCCUCCCCAUCUGUGGUUGCUAAGACUGUUCUUGUCUCGAAAAGCUUAUCAAUUAACUGUGUGUGGCCCUUAACCGAACCCACGACAUCACUGAACCCUGCCUCGGCAAUAACCAAUAACCCAUAAUCCACCAAUAGAUAACUAAUAAUUAACAACUACUAACAAUGUCAACAUCUCAAUUGAACGCAUCAUUAUUAAGAUUAAAACUCUUGGAUGCACUUAGAAGUGGAGAUACUAAUAAAGUCGAUGGAGUCAUUUCGGAAUUAUUAAAUACCGAAUCUACCGUCAAUAAUCCUGAUAUAAUUCAAUUAAAAGAAACUAUAAUGCAUUAUGGAGUUCAAGUAUCGUCACUUUCAAUGAUUCAAUAUCUUGUUAGUAAUUCUGAGAAAUAUCAUAUUGAUAUUAAUUCUCAAGAUUCAGAUGGGAAUACUCCUUUACAUUUAGCAGCUUUAUCAUCUCGAAUUGAAGUAGUUAAAUAUUUAUUAACAUUACCAGAUAUUAAUGAUACUAUAGUUAAUUUAAAAAAGAAACAACCAGUAGAAGUAUGUCGAGAUUUAAAUAUUGCUCAAGUAAUGCAAUUUGAACGAGCUAAAUUUGUUGAAAAGCUGGCAGGAUUAUUACGUCAAUAUUUUAGUAAUCGAGAUUUUGAUAAUUUAGAGAAAUUAUUAGUAUUAAAUCCUCGAGCUGCUGAAUUAUUAGAUAUUAAUGGUUCAGAUCCAACUACUGGUAAUACUGUAUUACAUGAAUUUAUUAGAAAGGAUGAUUUACCAAUGUGUGAUUGGAUUUUAAAACAUGGAGGUGAUCCAUUUAAACGAGAUAAACGAGGUAAAUUACCCAUUGAUUUAAUUCAUAAUAAGAAUGAUCCUUUAAGAAAAUUAUUAAAAGUGGCUUCAAAAGAUCAAACAAUUAUGGAUCCAGUAGUUAGUACAAGUAAUGCUAUUAAACAAGGUUCUGCACCUACUCAAAAGGGAUAUUUAAGAAAAUGGACUAAUUUUGCAAGUGGAUAUAAAUUAAGAUAUUUUAUUCUUGAUCAAUUUGGAAUUUUAUCAUAUUAUUCAAAUCAAGAUGAUACAAAUAAUUCUUGUAGAGGUUCAUUAAAUUUAGGUUAUGCUGUAUUACAUUUAGAUUCUUCCGAGAAAUUGAAAUUUGAAAUUAUUGGUAAAAAUGGUAUUAGAUGGCAUUUAAAAGCUAAUCAUCCUAUUGAAACAAAUCGAUGGGUAUGGACUUUACAAAAUGCCAUUACUAUUGCUAAAGAUAAUAUGAAGAAAAAGAAUUCAUCUGGUAAUAAUAAUAAUAAUGAAACUAUUGAAGAAGAAAGUAAAGUUUAUGAAGAACCAGAAAGUAGACGAUCACUUUCUCGAAUUCGAAUUCCUGGUCGGAAAUCGAAACAUAAACGUUCAUCUAGUCAAAUGUCAUUAAAUUCUACUGCUAGUUCAUUUAUAGAUGAAGAAGCUUUAGGAUCUCAACCUCCUAGUAGAUCAGUUAGUAUGAUUAUUAAAUCUCCAAAUCCUAAUGGAGGAGGAGGAGGAGGAGGAGAUGAAUUAAUUAGUCCAAAUUCUCCAACAUCUAAUCGAAUCUUGAGUGGAUUAAAUCCUGCUAUUGAACAUUUACAAUUACAAUCAAGAUUAAGUAAUGAUAAUGAUCAAGGUAGUGUUCAAGAUUCAGUAGAUGUAGAAAAUUUCGAUUAUGAUAUGGAUGAUGAUGAAGGUUAUGAUAGUGAAAUUGAUUCUAAAACUUCUGAUCAAAUCAUUGGUCCAUUAACUGAUCAAAUCUCCACCAUUAAACGUUCAGUUGAUGUAGAAAUUACUUCAUUAAUUGAUUUAUUUCGUCAUAUUGUUGCCCUGGAUUCUAUAUCUAAAGAUGCAAAAGAAUUUGAAGCUUGUUCAUUAGGUUUAACUACUCUUGAAUCAAUUCGUGAUCAAGUAGAAAGAUUAAAUAUUAUAAUUCAAUCUCGUGAUGAAAAGUUAUUAUCUAAAUUAGAAAGACAAUUAGAAGUAAAUAAAUUAUGGGAAUCAUCCAUAAAACAACUUGAAAAUGAGAUUCAUCAACGAGAAAUUAAAUUGGCACAAUUCGAAGGUCAAAAGAAACAACUUAAAAAGUAUCUUUCAAUUAGUGGACCUUCAUCAAAUCCUUUAGUUGAAUCUUCUGCUACUACUGUAUUAGGAGUUGAACUGACUAGUGGACCAGUUGAUGAACUGGGAUUAGGAAUAACUAAGAUAUCUGAUCAAGAUCAAUUCCAAAAGAUUGAAUCUGGUUUAGUAAGUCCAGGACCAGAUAAGAUCAUUGAAGAUAUACUUCAUGAUGAUUCUGAAGAUGAAUUCUUUGAUGCCGAUGAAUUUGAAGAGGAAGAAGAAGAGCCAGAAGUAGAAGAACCAAAGUCAAAAGAGACUGAAGAGGUUGGAGAAAAGACUGAAGAAGUUUCUGAAGAAGUGUCAACAGAUGUAUCUAAAGAAGUCGGAGAAGAAGAAGAAGAAGAAGAAGAAGUACCUUCUGAGUACAUUGGUAAUAAAGAGGGAAAGGUAGAAGGGCUUGAAAAAUCUGAAGAAAAGACUAUUACUAAAUUCAAUAGUGUUCAACAUUCAGUUAAUGAAAAGCUUCAAGCUGAAGGAUCCUUUUUGGGAUAUGAAAAUCCUCCUCGAAAUAAAUUAUCAAUGGAUGAAGAUAAUCGACCUAAAGUUGGACUUUGGGGGAUCUUAAAAUCCAUGAUUGGUAAAGAUAUGACAAGAAUGACAUUACCAGUAUCAUUUAAUGAACCUACAUCAUUAUUACAAAGAUUAGCAGAAGAUAUUGAAUAUUGUAAUUUACUUGAUAUUGCUGCUACUUAUGAUGAUUCCACCUUAAGAUUAAUCUAUGUCGCAACUUUUGCAGCUUCAGAAUAUGCUUCAACAAUUGAUAGAAUUGCCAAACCUUUUAAUCCUUUAUUAGGAGAAACUUUUGAAUAUUGUCGACCUGAUCAAAAUUAUCGAUUAAUUGUAGAACAAGUUAGUCAUCAUCCUCCAAUUAGUGCUUGUAGUGCAGAAUCACCUAAAUGGGAUUAUUAUGGAGAGAAUGCAGUAGAUUCUAAAUUUAGAGGAAGAUCAUUUGAUUUUAAACAUUUAGGAAAGAUGUUUUGUGUAAUUAGACCCGAUAAUGGAGUAAUUGAUAGUCUGGGCAAUCGAGUUACUAGUGAAUUAUAUAGUUGGAAGAAAGUUAAUACUUCAGUAGUGGGGAUUAUUAUUGGGAAUCCUACUGUAGAUAAUUUUGGACAAAUGGAAGUUCGAAAUCAUACUACUGGAGAUGUUAUAAUUGUUGAUUUAAAACAACGAGGUUGGAGAGCCUCUUCUGCUUAUCAAUUAUCAGGACAAGCACUUGAUAGAAAUGGAAUCCCUCAAUGGGCAAUGGGGGGUCAUUGGAAUUCUAAGAUCUUUGCUAAGAAGAUAUUAGAAUCUAGUGGUGAUAGACGAGAUUCAUUAGUUGAUCAUGAAUCGUCAAUAUCUAAAAUUUCUAGUAGUACUAAUACAAUUAAUGGUAAUAGUAAUGAUCCAUUUAGUGGUAAUAAAUUCUUAGUAUGGCAAGCUGCUCCUCGUCCAAAAGUUCCAUUUAAUUUAACAGCAUUUGCUACAACUCUUAAUGGAGUAGAUGAGAAUUUAAAACCAUGGUUAGCGCCUACUGAUACAAGAUUAAGACCCGAUCAAAGAGAUAUGGAAGAUGGAAGAUAUGAUCAAGCAGCCGAUGAAAAACAUCGAGUAGAAGUUAAACAACGUCAAGCUCGGAAAUAUCGUGAAGAUCAUAAUUUAGCUUAUAUUCCUAAUUGGUUUGUUAAGAAGACUCACCCUAUUACUGGUGAUGGAUUCUGGGAAUUUAAGGGAGAGUACUGGAAGUUACGUAAAGAUCAUAAGUUAGAGGGUACUGGAGAUAUCUUCUGAUGUUGGAUGUUUGGAUGUUUGAUGCUUGGGUGUAGAGCAUAGAGAUUACACUACUACACUACUUAGAUAUCUUCUGAACAUACAUUAAACAUAUAUAUAUAUAUAAACAAUUAAUUAAUAUAACUAAUAUAAAUU